AUGAGUUCCGAUAACAUCACAUUUCUGAAUUACCCAGUGCCUCGAGAAGGCCCCAAGGUACCUUACAAAAAUGAGACGCAGACAAUCCCGGUGUUUCGAGGUACUCCUCUAGCGAUCGGCGCGACAUUAAUCCACAAUCUCGGUUUCCUCCAAAGCCACUUCUGGCGCAAUGCCGGCUUUGAUGUCAUUCGCGAAAUCCCCCAUCUCCACGAGUACGCUGGCCGUUCUGAUCCCACUGUGAUUCCCGUCGAGAAGGUGCCUAGUGAUGCUCCAACGCCUGCUGUGCAGAAGAGGAGAGGAGACAACUGCUAUUACACUUCUGCCGACUACCAUGCUUUGUAUUCGUCGGGCGAAGUGACCCCGCUUGCGGUCGUUGAGGCGUUGCUGCCUCUCGUGCGACGCGACGUUACGCCCGCGGGGAAGCACUCUACUGCUUUUCUGGAAUCACAGGUUGAUAUCAUUCGUGCAGCUGCGCAGGCUUCUACAGACCGGUACAAGAAUGAACAGCCGCUGGGACCGCUCGAUGGUGUCCCAGUUGCGGUCAAGGAUGAAGUGCACGUCACUGGCUACAAGCGUACUCUUGGAACGAAGCUCGAUUUCAAGCAUGGGACUGAUGCGACAUCGUGGUGUGUGCAAAAAUGGCAAGAUGCCGGUGCUAUUGUGAUCGGAAAGACAACUAUGCAUGAGCUCGGCCUGGACACGAAUAACAAUAAUCCCAAUUAUGGAACCCCACGGAACCCUCAUAACAAGAACUACUACUGUGGUGGAUCUUCUGGUGGAUCUGGAUACGCCGUCGGCGCAGGAUUGGUGCCAAUUGCACUCGGCGCAGAUGGCGGAGGCUCGAUCCGUAUUCCAUCGUCUUUCUGUGGUAUCUGGGGCCUAAAGACUACUCAUGGCCGUGUGUCUGGCGCACCAUCCAUGAGUCUCGCGCCUAGCGUCGGUGUUCUCGGGCCCAUGGCCAGCAGCAUUGACGAUCUCGCACUUGCGUAUCGCGUUAUGGCAAACCCUGCGCCUGCUUCGCAAGAUGCGAUCUCUGCACAGUUCCCCAAACCGCUGCCACUGGCCGCUGGCCGUAAGCGGAUCAAGAAAAUUGGUAUUGUGCGCGACUGGAUCGACCGUGCCGAGGCCCCUGUCCGAGCCGUGUUCGACGCUGCGCUCGAAUAUUAUCGACAACAUGGCUACGACGUCAUCGACAUCACGAUCCCAUACUUGCCCGAAGGCCAGCGUGCCCACGUCCUGACCAUCAUGGCAGAUAUCGCAUCCUGUGUCGAUGCGCGCCAGAUUCGCCACCUUUCAGCACCGAACAAAGUCCUCGUGUCUAUGGGCAUGUGGCAGAUCACAGCCCAAGACCUCCUCGCCGCCCAACGCCUACGCAAUCUGAUCAUGAAGCACAUUGCGCAUCUUUUCAAGACUCAUCCCGGUCUGAUGAUUUUCACCCCUUCAACGCCGAUUCCGGGCUGGCAUAUUGACGGCGGUGAGAAUGAGCUUUCUCGCGGUCUGUCGGAUGGCAAGACUUCUGUGCGAAAUAUGGAGUAUGUCUGGCUGGCAAAUUUCAUGGGUUGCCCGUCUAUUAGUUGCCCAGCUGGUUAUGCGAAGGACAGUGGUGUGCCCAUUGGCGUUAUGGCUAUGAGCGAUUGGGGCACUGAAGAAGACUUGAUUGAUUUUGCUAGGGAUGGGGAGGGGAUUUUGGAUAUGCAUAUUCCCUCAGGCGACGACUCGGUCUGGGAGGAUGUUAUUAGUAAAGCUAAGGAGGCAGGGGUUGCGUAA